UGCUUUCUUUCUUCUCUUGUUCCAAUUUUCUUUUCGAAAGAGUUUCCGCCCCAUCAGUCGAAUCACCGCAUCUUCCCAUAACUCUCCGAUCUACUCAAACACUUGAGAGAGAGAGAGAAAGAGAGAAGUAAUGGUGUCGUACGUCAGUGCGCUGUUCUAUGGAGUUGGAGGAAUAUUAGUGGCUGGGAUGGCUUUAUUGGUGGCGUUUCAGGAGAAGUUAGUCUACGUUCCGGUCUUGCCAGGCUUAACCAAAUCCUACACCAUGAACCCCUCUCGUCUCCGCCUUAUCUACGAGGAUGUCUGGCUCAGAUCUUCCGACGGUGUUAAACUCCAUGGUUGGUUCAUCAAGCUCUUCCCCGACUGUAGAGGUCCAACCAUUCUAUUUCUUCAAGAAAAUGCUGGCAAUAUUGGCCAUCGACUUGAAAUGAUACGCAUAAUGCUGCAGAGAUUGCACUGCAACGCCUUCAUGCUUUCUUACAGAGGUUAUGGUGCAAGUGAUGGAUACCCUACUCAACCCGGAAUCACAAAAGAUGCUCAGGCUGCACUAGAUCACCUGCUUCAAAGGACUGAUAUUGAUGUAACUCGAAUAGUCGUCUUUGGUCGUUCUUUGGGAGGGGCAGUUGGAACUGUGCUGACUAAAAACAACCCUGAUAAAGUUGCUGCUUUGAUAUUAGAGAACACCUUCACAUCUAUACUGGACAUGGCUGGUGUUCUUUUGCCAUUUCUCAAGUGGUUUAUUGGUGGUAGUGGCUCAAAAGGCCCAAAGGUUCUUAAUUUUGUUGUUCGCUCUCCAUGGAGUACAAUUGAUGCAAUUGGCCAGGUAAAGCAGCCUAUUCUCUUCCUGUCUGGAUUGCAAGAUGAAAUGGUUCCUCCUGCACAUAUGCAAAUGUUGUAUGCUAAAGCAGCGACUCAUAAUAAAAACUGCACCUUUAUGGAGUUUCCUACUGGCAUGCAUAUGGACACCUGGCUAGCUGGGGGUGAUCACUAUUGGAGAACUGUUCAGGUAUUUUUGGAAAAACAUGCUUCAGGAAACAACGAUGAUUCAUCAGCUGCUCACGAAGAUCAUCCUGCUUGCAGAUUCUAAAGCAAGGUGAUUAGCUGAGGUGUUCAUUGAAGAGUAAACAGUUUUCACCCACCCACCCACCCACAAAAUUCAAAAGACAGUUUUGAAUUCUCAUAUGCUGCUGUCUGUUUGUCUGUCUGUCCUGUCCUGUCUGAUUUUUAUACAAAUUGCUACUAAAGAUGACUAAACUGAUGAACGUGUGUAGAAUUCUUUAACUUCUUCCAGGCCAGCAUUGAUUAAGAUCUACAAGGUGCUGUAUACUUGAGGUUAUUUGAUUAAUUGAUAACUCUAGGCCCUCCUCAUAGAUAUAGUAAUGUUUUUGUUUCUUGUAGUUGGGAUUUAUGUUUUCCUUCAGUUGGUUGGCUGUUUGUCUUUUAAGUUUGAAAAUUCACACCAAUUAUUUUUGUAGUAUCGAUCUA